AAAACCCAAAAACAAGAAGACAGUUGGGAUAAUUUCUGCGAAAAAGUUGAAUCUUGGCCGUCAAGUUCAACAGACGAUAAAGAAGAUUCUUUUGAAAACUCCUUACCAACCGUUGAAUUUGAAAGCCAAUUCUCUGUUCUUGAAUUAAAAUUUUACACAAGAUACGAAGAAUAUCUUGAUGAUGUAAGAAGAGAAAACCCUAAAAAAUAUCAAAAAUACAGGAUGUGGUUUAACUUUUUUAACGCACAUGCCCGUUCAUAUCACAAUCUAUUUAACGAAGGUGUGAAUUAUUAUAAUAUUGAUAGUUGGGAAAUAGUAGAACACAGAAGAGAAUUUUACGAACUUGAUUUUGAAUUUGUGAUUAAGUUUUUGAACAAAAAAUUAAAACAUAUUUACUUGUUGGACUAUGAUGACCUGCUAGAAUACGCUGAAAAUAAUCUUGUAUUUUAA